AUGUCUCCUGCGGCGAAAGAUCAGUCGGUCAAAAUGAUGCAACGACCUGCUGUCGUCCAUGCCUUAGAAGAAGCGAAAGAACACCUGCGCUGUGACCGCACUGUUACUGCCACGAUGCCGACCUCUGAUCCCGGCCAUGAUCUUGAUAAUGCAAUCCAGUUCAUGAUAUGGAAGUUCGCAACGCCACCACAAUUUCACGAUUUUAACGCAGAACUGGAUGGGCAUAAGGUUUCACUAAGCCCAAUACUAUUGCCGCUACCAGUCGCCUUUUGGGUCUGCCAACAGACCAGAAAUCUCGCCCAAACUCUGUGGAGGAAGCUAGAGUACAGAGGCCGUGGUCCUGCCAUGACCGGGGCUUACUCUGCUUUCGACCCCGUCUGUGACUGCGCCUAUGUGUGUGUCGGUGACGUGAUGGGGCGGUAUUACGGGAUCGAAGACUGCGAGAUUUCGUUCUUCACACCGUUGAACAACAUCGCCUUGUCCUUCGACGGCGGUCUUUGCCAUAUGCAAAACUUUCCUGUACUAUCCGAUUUUUCCAGUGAAGAUCGGGAGGAGCCGCUUAAUGUUUAUUUCUUGCAGUACGGUCUCCAUGAGAAGCCGGGAAACAACAUCCGCCGCAUCAACAUGGAGACUGAUACUCGGUGCUCAGACGAAAUUCCACAGCAUAAAAUCGACCAAUACAAUGAUGCUAUCGACUGGAUCAGGGAGAUGGAAAGUCUUGUGGGGGCGGAAUCCUGUCCUCAGGUCACGUUGAUAGAGGUUCUAUCUGAUCCUGCCCAAAGUUGGCGGGACAUCCUGAGUCUAUGUUUAAGGAGGGGAUAA